AUGGCUUCUACUCGCCCACUUACUCAAAUCCACAUUAACCCUUCUUCCAAUAACUAUGAGUUAGUGUUGGAGAGUAAGAUUGAUACCGAAGCAUACGCCAAAGAAGAACAAGUGUAUCAGGGAGCUCUUCUCCGAGACUGCCCUUCACAGCUUUGGUACAAUGAGACAUACACCACGGGGUGCCCCAGACCCAUUCUUGUUGGCUCGCAUCACGAAAGACAAAUGCGUGAUCUUCACGAGGCAUUGACAAUUGCCAUUUCAGACAUCAUUGAUCGGUGGUGGAGUGAUGGGGACGCCCGGUUGUGGGAACGAAUGCCACUCAACGAAGAUGAAGAAGAUCUCUUGAAAUGGUUGGAUGACCAAGUGAAGAGUGGAGAACUACCACCAGCCUCAGAACGCCUGGGAUCAUGGCGACCAGACUUCCUCGUCGAGGAUGAUGACUUCAAGGAAGAGAACUACAGAAUUACUGAGAUAAACGCUCGGUACUCCUUCAACGCCUUUAUGCAUGUGAUAUAUGGCCAACAAGCUUUGAACACUGCUCUUUUCCACAACUCGACCCUUGUCAGUGCCACAGAUUCAGAAACGGUUCUCAACGGCUUAUUUGAGCUUUACGACCCCAACUAUCCCUUGCAUCUCCUCAAAGAUGAAGAGAAAGGUAUUGAUGUCCACAUGUUCAUCGAUGCGGCGAAACGUCGCUUUGGCUCAGCGCCUCGUCUGAUUACUCCGGAUGAUCUAAGGAUUUUGCCUGAUGAAACCAGUGGCAGUGGUUAUCGGCUUUUUUGUACAACCAGCUCAGACAGCUCGCCUGGGGCUGCAACCUUGGUAGUUGGCGGAGAGACAUGGGAAGAAGUUCAUCAGGUUGGGUUAGAGCUAAGGCAACAUGAGAUUAUGGGGAUGCAGCCUGAAGUCCUUCGACAGGUAUCUCUGCGCUGCUUUAACGACAUGCGAACUAUCCUCCUCGUUCACGAUAAGCGCAUGCUUGGGAUUGUUAGAAACGAGGCUCCCCGUUUAGUGGCCCGAAAAGUCAUCACAUCGGCGCAAGCUGAGUCCUUGAAACGAGGGAUAGUAGAUACUAUUCUCCCUGGAUCACCGGAGAUGAGAAAUAUUCUCCAAAACUCCGAGUCUUCACCAACUCUACGAAACGGAUACAUCCUCAAGCCUAUCCGCAGCGGGAAAGGAGACGGAAUCGUCUUUGGUGAUGAUAUCACUCAAAGAGAAUGGAUAUUCAUCCUCACGAAGCUAUCGGCCACUGGGAUUCCCCUCGAAGAUGCCUGCGUGGUACAACGUCGGAUCGUGCCUCGCAAGUAUGAUCUAUUGUUGAAGGCAUCAACUGGGAUGGUGCGAUAUCCACUCGUUGGGACUUAUCAUGUUAUCAACAAGAGACUUUUGGGUUUGGGGGGUUGGAGAGCGAGUGGUGGUCGGAUUGUGGCUGUCUCAUCUGGGGGCUCUUGGAUCUGCUCUGUGGUUGAACGGAAGGAUAGGGAGAAGGCUGGCGUUUCCAUUUUCAAGCAUUUUGCAGAUUAUUCCUUCAAGUUUACUCAACAUGUAGGCUUAUAA